UGUGUGUGUGUGUGUGUGAGAGUGUGUGAGUGAGUGAGAGAGAGAGAGAUAGAAGGAGGGAGGAUGGGAUUGGAUUGGAUAUCCGUUGACGCGCACGAACCAGCCUUUCCUUGUUAGUUUGUUUAUGCCCUCUGAUAUGGGACUGGCUGUUACUGUCACAGCUCCUCUGUCAUGUCCGUUACCCGCAGAGUUUCCAACCAUGGAGCGUUAUCUGGAUCGCGGACUUCUUCCAAAACAAGGACCAUGAGACAUGGUAAACUUCCCAUACCGAGACUAGAUGUACUACUGGUAAUUCUGCUGCUGCUGCACCUGGCUGAAACGACAACAAAGGCGAUGGUGUCCAGCAGGACGGCAGUAGAGAGCAGCUGUCCUCUGGGGCAAUUCCCCUGUGGUAACGUGACAGUGUGUCUCCACCAAGCUCUGCAGUGUGAUGGACACAGAGACUGCCCCAACGGAGCCGACGAGGAAAACUGUGGGGACAACAGCGGCUGGGCGGACAUCUUUGAUCGAACCGUCAGGAAGGUCGACCCACAGGUCCUACCACCACCAGAAGACUGCUUCUUGCAGCAGUACCCAGAGCAUUGUGACUGUAUCAAGACAGAACUGGAGUGUGUGGAAGUCAACCUACAUGACGUUCCUCAAGUCUCCACCAAUGUCACCUGGCUGUCUCUGAAGAGUAACAAGAUAAAGAGCUUGUCUGACAACAUCUUCUCCAAAUACACACACUUGCAGAGACUGUUCCUACAGAACAACAGCAUCCAGAUAAUCUCCAGUCAAGCCUUCAGUGGACUCUACAAACUAGAGAAACUGUUUCUUAGUGUGAACUCCAUUUCAUCUCUCAAACUGGGCGUGUUCAGUGAUCUCCGUAAUUUAUGGUGGCUGGUGUUGGAUCAUAACCCUUUGAAAAGUAUCUCCCAAGACACCUUCACCGGCCUCACCUCCCUCAUGUUCCUUUCCAUGGUGAAUACGUCUCUCGUGCAGCUACCCCAGCCCAGCCUCUGUCACCACACACCUAACCUCAGCUGGGUGGAUUUUGAGGGGAACCAGGUCUUAACCAUCAACCACUCCACUCUGAUGACCUGCAGCCAGCUCACUGUACUCCUCCUGAUGAACAACAGGAUUCAUACUCUUCCUGUACACUCUUUUCAGACUCUGGUGUUGCUGGAAGAACUAGACCUCUCUAACAACCGGAUUAAGGAGCUCCCCAACAACACCUUUAAGAGCUUAAAGUCCCUCGUCAAACUGAACAUAUCCCAUAAUCCUUUGUUCCACAUCCACCCGGGUCACUUUGAUGACCUGACCCAGCUCCAGUCCCUUGGUCUGGAAGGUAUUGAGAUUCCAAACAUCCAGACGAAGAUGUUUCUACCCAUGGGAAAGCUCUCACACAUCUACUUCAAGACCUUCCAGUACUGUUCCUAUGCGCCCCACGUGAGAACGUGUAAGCCCAACACAGACGGUAUCUCUUCCUUCGAGGACCUGUUAGCCAACGUGGUGCUCAGGGUCUCCGUGUGGGUCAUGGCCUUCAUCACAUGCUUUGGGAACCUCUUUGUCAUCGGGAUGAGAUCUGUGAUCAGAGCGGAGAACAACCUGCACGCUGUCUGUAUCAAAGUCCUCUGUUGUGCAGACUGUCUGAUGGGAGUGUACCUGUUCUUUGUCGGUGUGUUUGACGUGAAGUUCCGAGGGGAGUACAAUCGUAACGCUCUCCUGUGGAUGGAGAGUGUGGAAUGUCGAACCAUCGGCUUCCUGGCUAUGCUCUCCUCAGAGGUAUCAGUUCUGCUGCUGACCUAUCUAACUCUGGAGAAAUUCCUGGUCAUAGUGUUUCCCUUCAGUCACCUGAGACCUGGAAAAUUACAGACUGCGGUGGUGCUGUUAUCUAUCUGGGUGCUGGGGUUCAUCAUCGCCGUGGUUCCCCUGAUGAACGAGGACCUGUUUGGGAACUACUAUGGUCGUAACGGGGUCUGCUUCCCCCUACACUCAGACAGACAGGAGAAGCCCAUUGCUAAAGGAUACUCUAUCGGCAUAUUCCUGGGUCUGAACCUGGCAGCGUUCCUAGUGAUCGUGUUCUCCUACUCCUCCAUGUUCUAUUCCAUCUACAAGACUGGUAUCAACGCUACAGACCUGAGGAGCAGGCUACACAGAGACGUGGCUGUAGCUAACAGGUUCUUCUUCAUCGUCUUCUCUGACGCCCUCUGCUGGAUCCCCAUCUUCCUGGUCAAGAUAUUGUCCCUGCUGCAGGUCGAGAUACCAGGCACCAUCUCAUCCUGGAUGGUGAUCUUUAUAUUACCCAUCAACAGUGCCCUGAACCCCAUCCUCUACACUCUGACGACCAGCUUCUUCAGAGAACAGGUGGAGGUCCUGCUGUGUCGUUGGCAGAGAAGGUCGACCCUGAAGAAGAACAGGAAGAGCCUGACCUCUACUGUAUACAUAGAGGACUCACGGAAUAUAUUCAACCAGCCUCCAGCAUACCUACCUACUGUACCCCGGAUAUCACUGACUGAUAUGGAUCCUCGCUAUGGGUGAAGGGGGAGGAAGGGCUGAGAGGGAACCCUCGCCAUGGGAAAGAGGGAGUGAGAAAGAAGGAGGGAGAGUAGGAAUGAGAGAGGAAAAAAAACUGUCGCCCCCAUGGCCUAUCUACCCAGCAUGUCUGAUAUGGAUCCUUCGCUGCCGGUGAGAGAGAACUAGACCGCUGCAUAUGAAUGGCCCGUUAAGACAAGGGCUCUUCUGAAGAGGGCUGUUUCGAGACUAAUGGAUAGGGUUAUUACUACCGCAAAUGAAAAUGCCCUUUGGCGACAUUGACGAUUCAUUCUCAAAAGCUCCAAGCCCUUCACUGGAGGAAACACCUCUUCCACAGUACAGUACCAAUGUCUGUGUCUCAAAUACACAGACAAAUGUGUAGCCUGUUGGGACCUGUUGGGACCUGGAGGAUGAAUGGUUGUGUUUUACACAUGAACUCUUUGUCAACAAACCUCUCUUUGUUUGUUUGUACAUAUUCUACUCAAUUGUGUGUUGCUUUAACCUUCUAGAUCAGUUUAUCUCGGUAGUCUUAAAAAAAUCUACUUUGAAACAAAAGUAUUCGCCUCACACAAAUGGUUAUGGGCUUUAGAGAAGACAACCCCUGUACCAUGUCAGAUAUAGAGAUGAAAUGUCUUACAUUUUGAGUUUGCAUCCCCAGUAUUACACUUUAUAUACAUCACAGAAGACUGAAAAAAAAGUAUUACACAUUUAUAUACAUCACAGAAGACUGAAAAAUAACAAAACGGUUUGACAUAGAAACAUCGGAUUUAUCGGCGUAAAAAAAAAUAAUAUUUUAAUGUUUAUUAAUUAUGCAAUUAUGAAAAAUAUUGAUAACAUUCCACCCAUGACGCCACUAGAAGGCGAUUUGGUCAUUUGACUGCAGGAACUAGUGAACAUUCUCCCUUAGCUGCGUACCAAAUGGCACCCGGUUUCCUAAGUAGGGCAUUACUUUUGACCAGGGCCCACAGUAGUGCACCUUAUAGGGAACAGGGUGCUAUUCGGGACACGUCCCUGGUUCUCUGUUCCUUUACUGACUCUUACCUGGAAUGACCUGUCUGUGUGCUGUACAUUUUCAGCUGCAACUCAGCCGUCUAUAUUGUAACCUUAGCUGACUCUGGGUCGGUGCUGUGUGUGUAUUACGUCUCACUUUACAUGCGACUGUACAUAAGCAGCCUUGUCUGAGGAAGAACGGCUAACAGGUCAGGAGCCUAUCCCCUGUUUCUGUAGAGUGAAGCAGCUUCAACGUACAUCCUUACAGGAAAAUCACAUUUACAUGUGAAAUCAUGUGUUUUCGGGAACACUUCACAUGAUGAUAUUUCACAUUUAGUUUCACGUGGAUUUUCAGAUAACCUUUCACAUGUGGAUUAAAUUUCUCACAUGAUAUUUCACAUGUGGAUUACAUUUUUUCACGUGAGAUUCAUAAGCCCUGCAAACAAAGAUGAGUCGUUAUGAUAAACACACAGUGUUUUCAACUUACAUAUUUGACACAUUUUUUCCAUGCAUGGCUAUGUUGUGUAUGUUUAUUUAUACAGUCAUUAAAAUGUAACAUGUCCUCAACUGAGAUUUGAACUCACAACCUCUUGGUUCACAGCAUUCCAAUCUUCCUGCUAUGCCACCACGUCUGUGUCAAUAACUGAUUUCAACUGAUUUCAACUGUAAUGCUACACUUUGAACUUUAAAGUAAAUCUGAGUUCAGUUAACCUCUUACAUCUAGACGUUCCGCUAGCGGAACACCUGCUCCAAUAUCCAAUGAUAGGCGUGGCGCGAAU